AGCUCUCUCGCUGCUUUAAUUUUAGCCCCUCGGCAUCACAGCAGGUUGAGAAAAAAAGCCAGGAGCUCAAGAGUGGCGAAAUCCUAGCCAGUGUUUUCGUGCACCCCCGGUUGACAAAAGCUGAGGGCUGGUGACUGGUAGAACCCAGGGGGAGUUAAGAAGUGAAACUGAUAAGGAUCCAGAUUUCUGCUUUCUGGUUCAAAUCCAGUUCUUGAAGCCAUCCAGCCCCUUGAGAACCACUGCUAAUUAAAGCAGUGUCUGCUGAUAAUGUCUCUCCUGGAGAUUCUGAAGCCAAACCUCUGAUCUUCACAUUUGUCCCCACUGUCAGAAGACUGCCAACCCACAUUCAGUUGGCUGACACUUCCAAAUUCCUUGUUAAAAUUCCUGAGGAACCAAGUGAUAAGAGUCCAGAAAGAGUAAAUAGGUGUGAGUACAGUGGCCACAUGACCUUCAGCUGUGACAGCCAACAGGAGAGAGACCAGAGGAUACUGGCUUUUCCCUCGGAGGUCAGUGGAAGGAACUCACAAGGAAAGAAAUUUGAUACGAACGAACCACAAGGAAUGCAGAAAGGCGACCUCUUCAAAGCAGAGUAUGUUUUUAUUGUGGAUUCUGAUGGGGAAGAUGAAGCUACAAGCAGACAAAGUGAACAAGGCACCCUGGAGGGAACCGGCAACAUAGCUACCCGGCCCAAGUCUCUGGCUAUUUCUUCCAGUCUGGCCUCUGAUGUGGUGCGUCCCAAAGUACGUGACGUUGAUCUCAAGGCCUCAACAUAUCCCAAAAUUCCUCAUGGGAUGGCCCCUCAGCAAAAGCAUGGACAGCUAACUUCUCCCACUACCUCUGAGCAGCUUGCUCAUAAACCACCUGCUUUCUCCUUUGUUUCUCCAACUAAUCAGAAAACGCCACCGGUCCCAGCUAACGUCAGUGGAGCCUCUGUGCGAGAGGAGUUUCACACUCGCAGGCUGGAUGCCGCAGGGACCUCGGUGGAAGAAUCAGCUACGUAUUUUCACACUACUGCUCACGAGUCCCCCCUUUCUGCGUGGAGGGGCGCCUCGUCAUUAUUAUUUCCCCCUUCCACACAACUGCCCGGUUCUGGUUCAUGUGGCUCAAAUGUUGCUGCUCACACACCUGGGCUGGCAUCCGAAGCACAGAAGAAAAUGUCGACUUCGCAUGUCCUUGAUCCCAGGGAAGAUCUGAAAACCUCUCCUUCACCUGCCUCUGGUGCUUCUCUGAAGUCACCUUCAGCUUCCUACAUACCGGUCCGCAUUGUCAUGCAUUCUCUGUCUCCAAGUCCCAAACCACUUACCUCCUCUUCCUAUGGCUCCUUAUCUACUGUCUGUAGCCGAAUGUCAUCCAGUGGAAAUCUUUCAAAGUCAGGGCUCAAGUCCCCGGUACCCUCUCGGCUCUCUCUCCUCACUGCUAUCCUCAAAUCAAACCCUUCUCACCAAAGGCCUUUAUCCCCUGCGUCCUGCCCAACCUUCUCUCUCAAUUCCCUGGCCUCAUCCACUCUCACCCUCGAUCAAAAAGUAAAGCCAACUUCACCCACACCUAAGAAAUCUCUCUCAAGUUGCUCCUUGACAUCUGGGUCUACAGAGCAAGGAGAACACCAGGCUUCUUCAGAGACCUACCUGCCCUGCCACCUCCCUUUCUUUUCCAAGGCUACCCCACUCUCUCAGAUGUACCCCCUCUCUCCACUAGCCCCCGACAGUAGCAGCUAUGCUUCUACAAAUAUAGAGAAAAUACCACGAGGCGCCCCGAGGAACAGUCCAACACUAUCCCAGUUACAGACUGACACGUCCGGUUUUGCUGACGUCCCUCCAGUCACACCGGGCUCAUCCCCUCUUUCUCCUUCGGAGGGCAGACAGGAUGGUAACCUCAGGAGUCCAGAAAAGAACAGGAAUACUUGCACACACCCUUUCCCCUCAUUAUCCUCUGCAUCUCCCGUUAAUGAGAGCCCUGCCCUUUCUUCUCUAGAGAAACGUUUCCACCCCUCCCCAGCGCUCUCAGACCUGAUAGACAGGUCCAAAAGAGCUUGCUCUCAACAGCACCCAGUCCGGGGGCUGAGCCCUUCGGUUCCUUCUGAUCUGCCUACCUCCCAUGCUAGCUCUGCUUGUCAUCCCAACUUAGGGCUCUCCAUUCUUCCUCCUGAGAGUUCACUCACCCGGGUCCUCCAGCCUAGUCCUUCAAAACUGCACCUAAGUUAUGGCAAUGGUACAUGUCCUUCAAGAACCGGACCGCCAGAAAGCAUAAUAUCCAACCACAGCUCACUUGUUCCAACCCCAUCACUUCCUGUCUCUCUAACAAGAACCAAGGAGCUGAUCUCACCUUGCGCACUGUCCAUGUCAACAGACCCUGAAAAUAAGAAGCCCAAGCAAUACAAGACCAAGUCAAGCUACAAGGCUUUUGCAGCAAUCCCUACAAACACAUUGCUCUUGGAACAGAAGGCACUAGAUGAACCAGCCAGGACUGAAAGCAGCUCCAAGGCCAGCGUGUUAGAUCUACCAGUGGAGUUGUGUUUCCCUGCACAACUCAGGCAGCAAACUGAAGAGCUCUGUGCUACUAUUGACAAGGUCUUGCAGGACUCCUUGUCUAUGCAUUCUUCUGAUUCUCCUUCACGGCCCCCACAGAAAAUGUUGGGUUCUGAAACCAUCAAAACUCCUACAACUCAUCCAAGAGCAGCUGGUCGAGAAACCAAAUACGCAAAUCUUUUAUCAUCAUCUUCUACAGCGUCUGAAAGUCAGCUGACUAAGCCUGGAGUAAUUCGCCCAGUACCUGUCAAAUCCAAGCUACUACUGAGAAAGGAGGAAGAAGUUUAUGAACCCAACCCCUUCAGUAAAUACCUUGAAGACAACAGUAGCCUGUUUUCUGAGCAGGAUGUGGCCAUCCCUCACAGGCCUGUCUCUCUCCAUCCUUUAUAUCAGUCUAAACUCUACCCUCCUGCUAAAUCCCUGCUGCAUCCACAGACCUUGUCUCAUGCUGACUGUCUUACCCCAGGACCCUUCAGUCAUUUGUCCUCCUUCUCACUGAGGGAUGAACAGGAGAAAUCCCCCACUCUCCUUAGUCAGAACACAUGCAAUAAGCUGGGCAUCUUUUCUGUGAAGCUGGGUCAUCCCAUGGUGACAAUUCCUGAACAUGACACUCUUGACUCUAAAGAGUGAUGAAUUUGGAGCAGAAGUGAAAACCAUUUUGCUGAAGAGUUUUGGAAUGCCGGUGCUAACCAUUUGCUAGAUUUCACUUGUGCUUUUUCAGAAUGAUGCUCUGUUGAUGAGCUCAGUCCAGCAGAAGAACCUGAAAGGUUUGCUGCAGCCACAUAGCAUCGGUACACUCGCAAAACCCAGAGCAGGAUGAUAGACCUGUAGCUUCUAGCAUUGCCGUUCAAGCCUAUAAUGCCUUCUAUAAAGUUGACAGCAAUACUAAUGCACCCCUAUGUUAAAAGCAGCUAAAUAAAGAAAAAUUAUAACUGAA